AUGACGUACAUGCGCUUCGUGGAGGAUUACUCCGAGCCGCAGCCGUCCGUUUUCUAUCAGACGCCUCAGAACGAGCACAUCUAUCAGCAGAAGAACAAGCACCUACGUGAGGUCUACGGCUUUAACGAUUCAUUCAGUGGCCCGGACACGGGCGUCGAGCGGGCCCCGCCACCCGCCCCCCCUAAACAGAGACAGCUGCAGGCCUCCUUUGCUGCUUCUUCCUUCUCCUCUGUCUCGUACUGUGCACAGCCAACCAAAGGGGUCUUCGCACCUGAGGACGGCAGCCACCCUCAGGGCAUCAGUCUGUCCGUCUCUAACUGCUUUCUGAGCCGCCACGGCUCUUUCCCUGUGCCUUCGUACAAAUCUGUUUUCCGUUCCUACUCCCAGGACUUUGCCCCCCACAGUCCUGCCCCUCCCCUGCUGAACCCUGCCAUCUUUUAUUCUUCCCGCUUCUCCCCGGUCCUCCCAGACCAGUUGCCCCCACCCCCAGCUCCUCUCUACCCUCCCUUACCCUCCUCUCAGGGUGGCAGCUCCUGCGGGACCCCUCCUGCCUGCCUUGCUUUUGAGCCUCCUUUCUCCAGCUCUCUGCAGACAUCAGCGAAUGAAAAUGCAAGUGAGGAGCCGGGAGAUGGGGAAUACGUCAACCUGUAUUCUCCUGGUCAAAGCAACGGAGUCCCCUUGUCCUGUGAUGGUGAUUCGCCUUUGCUUGGAGACGGACACCAAAGAGCCUCAUCACAGCCCUGUGUGCCGGGCAGCGAGGGCCACGAGACCACCGAAAGACCAGCAAAUUGCACAGAAGGACUCGAUCCAGAGGAGCAGGAGGAGGAGGAAGAGGAGGAAAGUGAGGAGACGGACGAGCUUUCCCUGGUCGAUCACAAUGAGAUCAUGUCGAGGCUCACUCUGAAACAGGAGGGUGACGAUGGCCCAGAUGUGAGGGGCGGCUCAGGGGACAUCCUGCUUGUACAUGCCACAGAGACAGACCGCAAAGAUCUGGUUCUGUACUGCGAGGCUUUCCUUACCACCUACCGGACGUUCAUCUCACCAGAGGAGCUGAUCCAGAAACUCCAGUAUAGAUAUGAGAGGUUCUGUCACUUCCAGGAUACGUUCAAGAAGCGAGUGAGCAAAAACACCUUCUUUGUGCUGGUGAGAGUGGUGGACGAGCUGUGCUUGGUGGAACUGACAGAUGAAAUCCUGAAGCUGCUGAUGGAGCUGGUCUUCCGACUGGUUUGUAAAGGGGAGCUCAGCCUGGCCCGGGUGCUGCGGAAGAACAUCCUAGAGAAGGUGGACAACAAGAGAAUGCAAAGGCAUUGCAACUCUGCUCUGAGGCCGCUGGCUGCCCGGGGAGUGGCUGCAAGGCCGGGAACGCUGCACGAUUUCCACAGUCAUGAAGUUGCGGAGCAGCUGACGCUUCUGGACGCAGAGCUCUUCUAUAAAAUCGAGAUUCCGGAGGUUCUCCUUUGGGCAAAAGAACAAAAUGAGGAGAAGAGUCCAAACCUGACACAGUUCACUGAGCACUUCAACAACAUGUCGUAUUGGGUGCGAUCCAUCAUCAUGCUGCAGGAGAAGGCGCAGGACCGCGAGAGGCUGCUGCUAAAAUUCAUCAAAAUUAUGAAACACCUGAGGAAGCUGAACAACUUCAACUCGUACCUCGCCAUCCUCUCCGCGCUGGACUCUGCGCCCAUCCGGCGCCUGGAGUGGCAGAAGCAGACAUCUGAGGGCCUUGCUGAAUACUGCACUCUGAUCGACAGCUCCUCCUCCUUCCGGGCGUACCGAGCCGCGCUGUCCGAAGUAGAACCUCCGUGUAUACCGUACCUGGGUCUGAUCUUACAGGAUCUCACCUUCGUGCACCUGGGGAACCCCGACCACAUUGAUGGAAAAGUGAACUUCUCCAAACGAUGGCAGCAGUUUAACAUCCUGGACAGCAUGAGGCGAUUCCAGCAGGUUCAUUAUGAAAUCCGGCGCAACGAUGACAUCAUCUCUUUCUUCAACGACUUCAGCGACCACCUGGCCGAGGAAGCUUUAUGGGAGCUCUCCCUGAAAAUCAAACCUCGUAACAUCACGAGGCGAAAGACAGAACGAGACGAGAAAACCUAAAGUAAGGCGAACGGGCGACGCCGCCCGGCGGACACUGAAUAUAGGGGACCUCCGAGAUACAAGCGACUGGCGGGGGUGGGGGGGUCAUUCAUCCUGGUUCCCAGUGGAUCAUUCUUUAUGCUUCUUUACCAUCAACCCGAGGCCAAACACGGCAGCGUGUCAUCCCAUUACACGUCCAUGGAAGGGUAGACAUAUUGGAUUUUGUGCUGUGACUCGCGGACCUCCCCGGAGAAGAAGACAUGGCUGACUGGAUGUCCGCAAAGGAACCACCCAAUGUGGAACCCAGAGAGUUAUUAUUUUUCUGUUUUGACAAGAAGGUUGGUUUAUUUUGGACGCCACGUUUUCCCUUCACCCCCAGCGGGGGGCAGCAGCGAGCAGCUCCUGUAAAUAUACAUUUUCUGUUUGUGGGGAGGGGGGAGAGUUGGCGCAAUGUGACAUGUAGUAUUAUUAUUAUUAUUAUUAUUCAUUUUUUAUGCUGUUGCAUGACAAGUAUACAGAGACUGAUGUACAUAGCGGAAACCCCCUGAGCGCGCGGACCACCCGUCUGUGUAACGCGACCAGGGGCCGCCGCAUCCGUCUCACAGGAGGUCAAAUAAAUGUUUUAAACGUCUUUGUUCUCCACUGACUGACUUCUCGAGCGAGGAAUCCCAUCAUCCGCCCAUGUGACGGUGCUCGCAGCCGGUGUGUAGUGCUGGCUGGCUUCUCGAGGAAGGAAUCCCAUCAUCCGCCCAUGUGACUGUGCUUGCAACGGGUGUGUCUGAUGCUGCCUGGCUUCUCGAGCAAGGAAUCCCAUCAUCCUCCCAUGUGCCGGUGCUCACAGCCGGUGUGUCUGAUGCUGCCUGGCUUCUCGAGCGAGAAAUCCCAUCAUCCGCCCAUGUGGCGGUGCUCGCAGCCGGUGUGUCUGAUGCUGCCUGGUUUCUCGAGUGAGGAAUCCCAUCAUCUUCCAAAGUGACGGUGCUUGCAGCCGGUGUGUCUGAUGCUGCCUGGCUUCUCGAGCAAGGAAUCCCAUCAUCCUCCCAUGUGACUGUGCUGGCAGCCCGUGUGUCUGCUGCCUGGUUUCUCGAGCGAGGAUUCCCAUCAUCCUCCCAUGUGACAGUGCUCGCAGCCCGUGUGUUUGAUGCUGUCUGGUUUCUCGAGCGAGGAUUCCCAUCAUUCUCCCAUGUGACGGUGCUCGCAGCCAGGGUGUCUGAUGCUAAGCAUCCCCCAGACUUCAGAGUUAUUAAUUUAAAUAAAAGGAAGUUCACACAUUUUUUUUCUUGAAGUGGUCACUCUGAUCUGGGGGUUCGAUGAAAGCCGUGAGCAUGUGUGCUGCUUGGGUGGCUGGUGUGCUGGGAUUUGUAGUUCCACAGAUUUAAUAAGUGCAGCCAUGCCACUAUAAGCUGUAGGAUGUCUCUAUUAUGAACAGGAGCAGUGAAUGUGGACGGUUCGUAUCUGUCUGGCUGUAAGGUCACAUAGAAAGCGUUGAUAUUGGUUCAGUAAAUCGCACCUACAGGUUUAUUUUCACCUCCUUGUGACGUGCAGCAUUGUGUUGCAGUUCAUAUCUAUUCCAGCAGGUGGCACUGUCUAUUACAAACUCACCUGUCUUAUAUCAUGUAUAAUGUUCUGGGAUUUUCUAAUGCACUUUGUUUUAUCAAUCCCCAGCAUUUUUUCUGGUCUCUGCUUGCUGUCACUGAAUGGAGACGUGCAUUCUGCUCACAGCAAAUACUUAUUUCAGCUGGCUGAUUGUUAGAAAGUAUCCAUAUUAGGUCUGUAUAGGACAGGUGUCUGUGAAGGUUCUCAUUUAUCCAGGUCAUGAUAUAUCUGUAAAGACUAAAUCAAGACAACUGGACUUACUGUAGAUUUCUUGAAAAUUUGCGUAUAGGACAGGGAUCAGCAACGUCAGGCACUCCAGCUGUUGUGAAAC